AUGCCCAAAGUCUUCUUGGUGAAGAGGAGAAGCCCGGGGGUCUCGGUGCGCAGCUGGGAUGAGCUCCCGGAUGAGGAAAGAGCAGACACCUACAUCCCAGUGGGCCUGGGCCGCCUACUCUGCGACCCCCCCGAGGACUGCCGUAGCGACGGCGGCAGCAGCAGCAGCGGCAGCGGCGGCGGGAGUAGCAGCGCCGGGGAGCCCGGAGGCGCCGAGAGCAGCUCGUCCCCGCGCGCCCCCGAGCCCGGCGACGCCGAGGGCCCCGAUGGACACCUGGCGGCGAAGCAGCUCCCGGUUGCCAGGUCGAAAAUCAAGUUCACCACAGGCACGUGCGAUGACUCGGUGGUCCACAGCUGUGACUUGUGCGGCAAGAGCUUCCGCCUGCAGCGCAUGCUCAACCGCCACCUCAAGUGCCACAACCAGGUGAAGCGGCACCUGUGCACCUUCUGCGGCAAGGGCUUCAAUGACACCUUCGACCUGAAGCGGCACGUGCGCACACACACAGGCAUCCGUCCCUACAAAUGCGACAUCUGCAACAAGGCUUUCACCCAGCGCUGCUCCCUGGAGUCCCACCUGAAGAAGAUCCACGGGGUGCAGCAGCAGUACGCCUACAAGCAGCGCCGCGACAAGCUCUACGUGUGUGAGGACUGUGGCUACACGGGGCCCACCCAGGAGGACCUGUACCUGCACGUGAACAGUGCCCACCCGGGCAGUGCAUUCCUCAAAAAGACAUCCAAAAAACUGGCGGCCCUUCUGCAGAGCAAGCUGACAGCCACACACCAGGAGAGCAUCCAUCUGAGCGAGGAGGAGGAGAGGAAGUGA